AUGCUCUUGUCUGAGCAUUUAGAUACUCACCCAAAAGAUCAAGUGAUUCUAGCAUUAACGAAUUUAGUAGAGAGGCAGAGGAGUUCUAGUAAUUCUUCACCAUGGAUAACAGUAACAAAACCUUCUUCGACCGUAAUAAAUAGUUCACAGUCUUCAGAAAACAUUAGAUUAGAUUGGGCUGAUAACAGUAUCAGAGCUCCUAAUUGGCCAAAAGUCCAAGAGGAAUCUUGGGUGGGUAAUAGAUCAUCAGUUCUAGCCUCUUCAUCUAGAACAGCUUAUUGGCAAUCACAUCAGAGUACGGAGUAUGGAAGUGAAUCAAGAUUUAAUACUCCUUCCUUUAAUUAUUCAUAUACAAAGCGUGAUUCUCAUCAAUUAAUAAGACCUGUGACAAGAAAACAUGAAAAUAUACAGAAAAAUUCUACUACAAUUCCUGUUAUUCAAAGAAUUGAGCAUUCAAACAACGAUGUUAGACCAUUGCCUAGUCCUACAAGUAAUUACAAGUAUAAUGAUUAUUCAGAACAUCAAGGUGUUUAUGAUAGGCUCAAUACAAUGGAACAGAAUGACAACUUAGUUGAUAAUCAAGGAUGCACUAGUGAAAAAUCUUUUAAUAUUGAAACUGUUGAAAUUGAUGUGCCAAGUGUGGUUUGCAUGAAUAAUGAAAUUAGUCGUUUACAGUCAAUUAAUAUAAGUUCUGACAAAGCUUUGAGAAGAGAUUUAUCAUCCAACCUGUUAGAUCUAGGAUCCCAGCUAAAUCAAACAAAGUCUUUAAAACAUUCUAAGGAAGAAAUAAUAUGUAAACAGAAUAUAGAAAUUAUAAGUCAUUCUGUAGUAAGUAAUCCCAAAUCCUUCAAGAACACAGAUGUGUCAUCUUUAAUAGUCAAACAGAAAAAUGAAGAAUUAAAUGGUUUGCAUGAAAUAAGCACAUAUGAAAAUAGUAAUUUAAUCAACAAUAAUGAAAAUUUACAAGGUUGGAAAGAAUUCAGUCAGGGAGAUUCUGACGAAAAACUCUUAUACAGCGAUGAAUUAGAUGAUGAAAAAUCAUUUGAAACAAAUUCAGAAUCUGUUUAUGAUUCCGAUCAUAGAAAAACGAUGUUUUCACCUAAUUUAGUCAUCAUAAAUUUAGAGACAAAUAAUGAAAAACUAGAUUCACCUGAGAAACUAUUGGAUAUAGAUAUUUGUCAACCAAAUUUAAGAAAUGGACCAGUUUAUGUAAAGCCUAAAAAUGAUAAAGAAGACAAACAGACUGACAAAUAUAAGAAAAUAAAUUGCACUGAAAUAGAGUCUUAUCCUGAUCAAAGCAAUUUUGAUCAUAGCAACAUGCCUACAGAAGAGUUUUCAUCUCAUUGUGGAUCUAAAAUAAAUACUUCUGACAAUUUAAAACAAAAUUUAGAUUGCAGUUUAUCAUCAGAAAGCUUAAAUAUUCGAACUGAUGAAAAAAUGCCUGCCAGAGGAGAAUUAAGUGAACAAGAAUCCACCGAUAGCUCUUCAUGGGCUUACCAGAAUGCUUGCAGUUCAUUCCCUCUUAAUUUGCCUGUGGAUGAAAAUGAGCUGAAUCUGUCCCAGUAUUUAUCACCAAUGUUGGAGCCGUCAUCUAGUUGCUCCUUAGUAAAUCAUAUUGAUGGAAGUAGAUCUUCUAAAUCAAAUUCAACAAUUAAGCAACUAAAUAUAUUCAAAUGUCCUCAUUGCGCAGAUGAGUUUGUUUGCGCCAAGGAAAGACGAGUACAUAUCAGCAGAUGUCAUCCAACACAAACUACACACACUUUUGAACACAAUGAAUCUUUAAGAAAUUCAUUUGAGUUCUCAGAGGAUUAUUAUACACAUAACUCUAGUAACCAUAAUGAUCAAAAUAAUAUUAGUAAUAUAGAGCAGGUAGAAGUUGAUUGUCAGACCAAAAAACCUUUAGAAGAUAUGCAUAUUGAAAUGAAAAAUACUGAUAUAAAAACUGAUUUUAAUUCAUUCAAUCUAAAUCAGCAAGAUACGUUUACUGAUACAAAUAUAAAAUGGAAAGUAAUAUUUCUGGACAGAGUACCUCGAAAAAAAUUGUAA